AUGAUCCCGCUCAAGUCCGACGAGUCCCCUGCGACAAACGCCUCACUUCCCUUAGCCCCGAACCACGACGGCGCCGCUCUCCCCGACGACUUCGACUCUCACAGCCCCGCCAGCUCGCGCGAGCCAGGGAGCGCCCUGGCCACGGGCGACUCAAACCACACAUUCCUAGAUGGAGGCCACGACCACGGCCUCGAUCCGCACGACGACCCCUCCCAAAACCAGGACCAGUCCGGGGACAGGCCCGCAUGGACCGAGAUGAAGACCAAGGCCGGCAAGGAGCGGAAGCGGCUGCCGCUGGCCUGCAUUGCAUGUCGACGGAAGAAGAUUCGAUGCUCCGGUGAAAAGCCCGCGUGCAAGCACUGCUCGCGGUCGCGCAUUCCCUGUGUGUACAAGGUCACGACUCGCAAGGCGGCUCCCCGCACGGAUUACAUGGCGAUGCUGGAUAAGCGGCUGAAGCGGAUGGAGGACCGGGUUAUCAAGACGAUCCCCAAGGACGAGACGAGGGAUAUGGCAGCGAUCGGUCGGUCCAAUGUGCGACCGCCGCAGCCGGGCCAGACCACCAAGACCCAGAAGAAGAGGUCGGCCGAUGAAGCCUUCGCCGCUGAAAUGGAGCAGUGGGCACACGCGAGCCGAAACGGCGGCGGGCCUCAGGAUACGUUUCCCAUGCGGCGUGAGGGCAAAUCUGAUGGGCCUGAUUUGAUGACCGAGGGUGCCGAGUUUCUGCCCUCGCUCGAGAUCCAAGAACACCUCGCAGAGGUGUUCUUUGACUGCGUCUACGGCCAGUCAUAUCUACUUCUUCAUAAACCCAGUUUCGUACGCAGACUCAAAGCCCGGACUGUGCCUCCUGUGCUCAUUCUUGCCGUUUGCGCCGUCUCCGCCCGAUUCUCGACCCACCCGCAAAUCAACUCUGAACCCCCGUUCCUACGCGGAGAGAACUGGGCCAGUCCGGCCGCUAAUAUUGCGCUCAAGCGACACGAUGAACCUAAUAUUACUAUCUUGACUGUGUUCUUACUUCUCGGCCUCCAUGAGUUCGGUACGUGCCAUGGUGGGCGCAGUUGGUCGUUUGGCGGUCAAGCCAUGCGCAUGGCCUACGCUCUACAGCUCCACCGAGAGCUCGACUAUGAUCCGCUGCUGGCGCAAGGCAAUGGCGGCGGUACCCAGCUCAGCUUUACCGAUCGAGAGAUAAGAAGGCGCACAAUGUGGGCUUGCUUCCUGAUGGACCGUUAUAACUCGUCCGGCAGCCAACGUCCGCCGAUUGGUAACGAGAAGUUCCUUCAAAUUCAGCUUCCUAUCAAGGAGGCGCAUUUUCAAAUGGAGAUCCCAGGGCCAACUGAAGACUUGGAGGGCAAUGUGCUCAACCCAGUACCGGAAGAUGUUGGCCAGUUAUCCAAUGCAAGGUCCAAUAUGGGUGUGCUGGCAUACAUUAUUCGUGCCGUCGUUAUUUGGGGCCGUAUAGUAGACUAUCUAAACCUUGGUGGAAAACGACGAGAUAAUCACCCGCUGUGGUCACCAGAGUCCGGGUACUCGCGACUUAAAAAGCAGAUCGAAGACUUUUCUGCUUCCCUACCGAGCCAUUUGCAUUUCACCUAUGAAAACCUACAAGUCCACGCAGCGGACCGAGUCGCUAACCAGUUUCUGUUCCUGCACAUUAUCAUUCAUCAGAAUACUCUCUUUCUGAAUCAGUUCGCCAUUCCUCUAUCACCUGGCGGACGCCCUCCUCGAGAUAUGCCUCGAACAUUCCUCAGCAAUGCAGGUCGAGCAGCCGUGGAAGCCGCCCAUCACAUCUCCAGUCUUAUCGAUCAUGCAGCGCCAUAUCCUCUGACGGUUCCUUUCGCGGGAUACUGUGCGUACUCGGCAAGUACCGUUCACAUCUGGGGCAUCUUUUCCAAAAACACACAGCUAGAAGCUCGAUCCAAGGAGAACCUCCGACAUACCUACCGCUACCUCAACAAGAUGAAGAAGUACUGGGGCAUGUUCCAUUACAUGGUGGAGAGUGCGAAAGACCGUUACCGACAGUUCGCAGAUGCCGCAAUCAAGGGCACAGUCGCCACUCACAACGGUCCCAUCACACCCAUGUUCCAGUAUGGUGACUGGUUCGACAAGUACCCGCAUGGUGUGUCACGACAGCACUGGGAGGAUCCGGACCACCCGUCUAGAAAGAACGACGACGAGGCGGUGAUGAGCCAGAAACCUGAUUUACAGAGUGUUGAGGACUUUUUCGCCAGUCUUUCGCCUACACCAAAACCCAGCACUAUCCAUCGAAAACACUCCCGAGCCGGCAGCAGGAUUGACACAGCGGCAGUGGACCAAGCAACGCCGACAUCCGCCUCUCAACAGAUCGUCGAUGUCAAUAUGGAAACAUCCCCAGGCAUUCUCGGAACGUCAGGUACAGGCUUCCCGCAGCCGAUGUUCCAACAAAACCGUGGUCAACAAGCAUUCGCCCAGCCUCCCUUCGACUUCGGCCUCUCGGUGACAGACCAGCUCCCACAAAUAGACCGACAAUUUGUCUACGACUCAUUCGAGGGUUUCAAGCCAUCGCCAGCCUCGUACGUCCCGAAUGACCAGCCUCCCUUCCCAGUGAUGAACGGCGCAGACGUAGCAGCACCCCCUCAAGAAACCGGCGGCCUUUUCCCGGGCGAGAUGGACCCUAACGCACCUUCGGGGACCGGCGAGUUCUACCAACCCAGCGCCUGGUUCCUCCCGUUUAACCUUGACCCGAUCGGUGCAGGCGCCGAUCUCGACCCAAGCUCCCAACCGGAUGCUAAUGCGGCCGAUUUGUCUGCCUUUGGCGGUGCCGGGAAUAUGCCCAUGGACGCAUACGAUCUCGGGAUGGCAGGAAUGAACCGUGGGUCGCAGAUGAAAGAGUAG